UUUAUUAGUGCAAGGAAAAUUAUGUGGCGGUUGUUAUCAAUAAUUUUAGUAUUUUCUUUUAUUGACGGCACAAUACUUCGAUUAUCACAAGUAAAUGCCUCAUUAUCUUCUUCCCACCAAUCUAAAGUUCCAGUGGAUGUUGAACUCCAAGCUGGCCUUUUACGAGGAUUUGAAUCUAUUUUUCUACACAAACGUGUUCGCUCUUUCUUGGGUGUUCCAUUUGCUGAGCCCCCAAUUGGAGAAUUGAGAUUUUUGCCUCCUCGACUAAAAAAGCCUUGGAAUGGUUGGAUAAAGUGUGGGAAUAUUGGGAAAGUAAAUAUAAUUAAAUGGAAAAAGAUGAAUUUUGAUUGAAGGAA